CUGAAGCUCCCGCUUGGACUUCUUAGCGGUUACCCAACUCGUAGGGUGGUAAAGAGCAGGUGGUAUGACAGAUUGAAGGCCCCAUGGGGAAGGCUGCCAAAACAGGUUUUCCCUAUCAUUUGGCCAAUUUUGUACAUGUCCAUGGGAUAUGCUUCUCAUCUGGCUGCUAUCACCCUAAACGACGAUCAAUCGAAAAGGUGUGAUUGCCUCAAGCUUUAUUAUGCGCAAUUGGCACUUAAUUUGGCCUGGACACCUUUAUUUUUCGUGUAUAAAAAGAAGGGAUGCGCGCUGCUUGACCUCUUUGCGUUGCUAGGCACCACUUGCAAACUUACGGCUGAGCUGGCACGCAUCACCAACGGAAAAUCAACAUGGUUUUUGGCCCCUUACUGCGCGUGGCUCACGUAUGCUACAUACUUGAACGCAGGAUACUGGUGGCUGAACAGGGGUACAAGG